UAUUUUCUUUUGUUCCACUGGCAGUCACACUAAAAGUUGUUACACAAAAUAAAUAAUAUAUUUUUAAGACAACAUGAGCCUCGAACAACAACCAAGCGUGGAUCCCCUUAAUCCCCAUGGACUUGGUGACCCCAACGAUACGAGGUUGCGCAAGGUGGAGCGGGAAGUGCUGAUACCCAAGAUAAUGCGGGAUCGGGCCAAGGCGGAAUUCUGCUCCAAGGAGGUGGCCGAUUUCCAGGAAUGCUGCAAGGCCAGCAGCAUAUUAAUGGUGGCCACCUGCCGAAAGCAAAACUCAGCCCUGAAGGAAUGCCUCACCCAGUGGUAUCAAAACGAGGCCUUUAAGGAGGAGUGCAAACAGAUAUAUCUGCAAGAACGGGCCGAUUACCGGAGCACCGGCAUACCCAAAAAGCAUCGCCUGGAGAAGUUGUAGAAUCCUGGGAAUAGUUCCUUAUUGUUGUUUGCUUUGUACAAAAGUUAAGUAAUUGAAACGUC